UGAUUUCUUGUUUAGUUUCGUCACUGAGCCCCUCAAGAACGAACGGCUUGAGUAAAAAGGAGAGUUUUUUUGUGAAAAUAAUUUUUAAAGCCAAUCAAUGGAAAUCAAAUCCUGUGCGGUAGACAAAUGUUCUGCCAACUCGGACCAGUGUCCGUACUUAUUUUUCCUCAAAGUGCCUCUAAACAUAAACCGUCGGAUCGAUUGGUGUGACGCUAUGGGAAUAGCCAACCAGAAGGGCACACUUUAUUGCUGCACCAGGCAUUUUGACAUACCUGGGGAUUUCGACGGAGAAUCUUCUACGGAAAAAACUGGCGUACGGCUGAAGUUGAAGACCGAUGUUCUUCCCCACAAAAGUUUACCUGGGUUAAAUUCCAUAAAGAAUAUUUACGCUAUUUUCGAACAAGUCAAAAUCAACGGAAAAGUAGAUAAAUUUUCGAAGUUUCUCCUGCCAAUUAUCCAGCACGACUUACAAAUUCAAGUACCGCUGACUAUCAAAACGGCUGCACUCCAAAAAGCGUUUCAAUUUGUAGUAGAUACGAUAACGACCUUUUUUGCUACUGAUGGUCUCAAAUCUCGCUUCAAUCUAGUAGAAACUCUGAGACAAAAUCGUAACGCUUUGUUGGAGAUAAUUAAUGAAAAGCCACCAUGUGGUGAAGUGCAAGGAACCAUAGCUCUGAGAACAAUCAUGCCGUUCUUACAGUACGAAGCACAUGGAUCUUUAGAAGUGCCAAUUGACCGAAAACGUAUUGAAUCUUUAUAUUUCGAGAUAGAAUCUAAUACCCUUAACGCUUGUCUUCUUCCCGUAAAAAGAGAACAAGUUGAACGGGACAAUUUUGAAGAUCUAUUGUUCAUCCCAGGAAUCAAAAUAACACUCUCUCUACCCUUCUUCGAAGUUUGUCGCGAAAUUUUAUCAAACUCUGAAAUGUUUAUAGUCAGUAGGAAAGAAUUGACCUCCAAGGGCCCAGCUAAAGCUAGUGGAGUAGAAAUGUUUCAAAAAGUUGAUAAACCAUACCGUCUUAAAACCGCCAAUAUUGGACAACAUAUCACCUUAGAGUAUCUGUAUAUUUUGAUUGAACUAUUGGAAUUGUACGAUUUUAUGAUGGAACCAAAGCAAAAAUUAAUAUUAAUUAUGCUUCUUAAACAAAUUCGCCAUGAACUUACAGACUACGAUAUGAGAGAAUUAAAUGUUGUAUAUGCGCGGUAUUUAUCACGCUUCAAAUAUUAUCGUACUCUUAAUCAUCACAUCAAACCUGAACAAGAUGAGCCAAAAGUUCCAAUGUAUGUCAAAGAGAUAAUAAAUCCCGAGCUGAAUAUUCAGAUUUUAAGUGCCAUUGAUGUUGAUUCGGCAGCAACAGAAAGAAUUGAAGCAUAUUUCAAGCCAAUCUUAGAGCACUUGACAGGCAAGGGAGACGAAAAUGCGUAUCUGAGAUUCGUUGAUAAACUGAAAACUUGUAUUAGUUAUGGUUGUGAGGAUUGUGAUGUGACAUUUGAAUCGGAAAUUGGUCAUCUGAGCAUCGAAGAACACCGACAAUGUGGAAGAAAAAUAUGGAAAUGCUCUAAUUGCUCCUGCUCUUUCCCAGAAACAAACAUUUCGUCGAAAAGUUGGUCACAUGACUGUAGUCGCAGCGCAACACCUUCUAAACUCCAAAAGAUGACUGAAUAAUUUAAGUUGAAUAAUUGAAGAUACUGCGAUUUCUCGUUUUGACAAAAGUUAUUUGAAAAAUAAAAAUUAUGAAAAUAAUAAAAC